UGGCUCGGGAAGCCGUGGCUCGGGGCUGCCAGCGGCUAGCCCCGGCUGCGGGUCCGGGGGCGGGCGGGCGCUGCGGGUCUCGUGUGUGCACCCCCCUCCCGCCCCCCGUGCGCUCUCGGUCCCUCCCUGGGAACAGGCGCUGCCCACCCAAGGAGGCGACCGGCGCUCCUGCCCCGCUGCCGCUCGCUCACUCACACACGCUCCCACACAGACACACACACAUAUACCCGUGCGUGCGCCUCUCGCUCCCGCACUGGAGUCAGUGCUUGUGCCUGCAGGUUGCUCAGACCUGAAAUCUAAAGGAAAAGCUCAGCGUCUGCGUCGCUGCUCCUGCCGCCGGUGGUGGUAGCGGUGAAGAGGAGGGGGGUUGUGGUUUUUUUUUUUUUUUUUUUUUUUUCCUUGGUGGGUUUUUUUCCCCCCUUGAAUUCAAUGGAUCUGAACUUGGAGCCUUUGGACCUCGGCGGUGUUGGAAUAUCUACAUGCUGAUCAUCUUUGUUGUGACACAUCAAGUCGUUUGGGGAAACCAUCCGGACAGCAAGAUGUUUCUCGUUCUCUUGUACUUCGCUUUGCCCUUAGUGGAUGUACUUUUGUCUGCAGAAGUGAGCGGGCUGCCUGGAGGGGACCGCCUGGACUGCGUGAAAGCCAGCGAUCAGUGUCUGAAGGAGCAGAGCUGUAGUACUAAAUUCAGGACACUGAGGCAGUGUGUAGCCGGCAAAGAGAGCAACUUCAGCCGGACCACGGGCCUGGAGGCGAAGGACGAAUGCAGAAGCGCCAUGGAAGCUCUCAAGCAGAAAUCCCUGUACAACUGCCGCUGCAAGAGGGGCAUGAAGAAGGAGAAGAACUGCCUGCGCAUUUACUGGAGCAUGUACCAGAGCUUGCAGGGAAAUGACUUGCUUGAAGAUUCCCCUUAUGAGCCAGUUAACAGCAGACUAUCAGACAUAUUCAGGCUAGCACCAAUUGUAUCAGUGGAGCCAGUACUUUCAAAGGGGAACAAUUGCUUGGAUGCAGCCAAAGCUUGUAACCUAAAUGAUACCUGCAAGAGGUUCAGAUCUGCUUACAUAACCCCCUGCACCAGCAGCACGUCUAAUGAAAUCUGUAACAAGCGGAAAUGUCAUAAGGCCCUCCGGCUAUUUUUUGACAAGGUCCCCCCAAAGCACAGCUACGGGAUGCUCUUCUGCUCCUGUCGAGACGUAGCCUGUACAGAAAGGAGACGGCAGACUAUUGUUCCUGUGUGUUCAUAUGAGGACAGGGAGAAACCAAACUGCCUGAAUUUACAAGAGUCCUGCAAGAAGAAUUACAUCUGCAGAUCUCGCCUUGCAGAUUUCUUCACAAACUGCCAGCCUGAGUCACGCUCUGUUAGUAGUUGUCUGAAGGAGAACUAUGCUGACUGCCUUCUCGCUUACUCGGGGCUUAUUGGCACCGUGAUGACACCAAACUACAUCGACUCCAGCAGCCUCAGCGUGGCCCCGUGGUGCGACUGCAGCAACAGCGGCAACGACAUAGAAGAAUGCCGGAAAUUUCUGAAUUUCUUCAAGGACAACAUAUGCCUUAAAAAUGCAAUUCAGGCCUUUGGCAAUGGCACUGAUGUGAAUGUCUGGCAGCCAAUCUUACCAGUACAGACCACUACAGCCACAACUACGACAGCUUCCAGACUCAAAAACACAGGGUCAGAGACCACCAACAAUGAAAUACCCUCCCACAAUGAUUCACCAGCAUGUGCAAACCUGCAGGCACAGAAGAAGCGAAAAUCCAAUGAAUCUGUAGAUACAGAGCUCUGUCUUAAUGAGAAUGCUCUCGGGAAGGACAACACAGCGGGAGUCUCCACCAGUCACAUAUCUGCAGAGAAUUCCCUGGCUCUUCCUACCAGCUUCUAUCUAAGCACACAGCUCACCCUGAUGACACUUGCACUCUCACUCAUUUUGUCCCUAAGCUCAUCAGUCGUCUUGUAGCUGCAUUACAAAAGGACGUGUUAAAAAAAAAAAUAAUCAAAAAAAAAAAUCUGUUUGCUGUCCUCUGUUGUUUAUCUGGAAUUCCAGGUCUGGGAGCUAAGCUGAGGCACUCCUGCUAGAACAGUCUCAGCUGGAAUUUUAUUUUUUUUCUCUCUAAAAAAAAAGCUUCUUGUGAUAUUUAGAGGCUUUGUGAAAUACUUGGUGCAGUGCUACAUUCCAAACCCAAAAGGCUUUUUGGGCAUGCAGUGUUUUAAAGAGACAGUGUGUAAAUUUGCCUGUAAAGCGACCUGGUUGGAUUAUUUUAAUAAUUAUUAUUUUAAUUCUGGCUUUUACCUGAGAAAGAAGAUGACGGUUUUCUUAAGAUCUUGUUUAUCUCAUUGAAUGGUUUUGGUUUUCAAAUUGAUUGAACUUCAGACUAUCAAGGAUGCCAGGCUUUUGUCUAAUGGUGAAUGUUCUCCCAGAAAAUGGACUUUAUGAAACUUCUUCAUUUGAUAAAUCGCUACUGAUGUUAAACUCUUUCAGUGUGUUAGCAUUUUCCUCUCUAAAUGUUUACGUACUGUAAGUGAUUCUGCGUUCCCUGCUGAGAAGCCAUUAUAAUUCACAUACAGGUGUAAUGUAUGUCUUUCAGUUAAAUUCUCAUAAAAAUAGAGUGUGGCGUAGAACCUUCUAACAGUACAUUUAUCUUUUAAUUAUAAUCAUCUAGCCUUAACAAGAGUGAAGAUUCCUUAAAUUAGCAAGAAGCAGCCAUUGUGAAAGCUUGAUAAAGAUACCUUUCUUUAAAUAUGAGGAAAAAAUUUUGCUACAGGGUUUCAGCUGUACAGUCUAUGGUCUUCUAUGCUUCCAUUGUGAUAAUAUAGUCCAGUUAUUAUACUCUUUGUUUAAUAAAAAAAUUACAUACAAUUUAUUUGCUCUACUAAAACUAAAGUCAUCAUCUGUUUAUACAUACCUGAUAAUGUCAGAUCAAAAAGCUACAGGAACUUCAUGCCUUACUUCUCCUAUCAAAACAUUGUAGAGGGCCAAGAGGUAGUAGGAUAACAUUUAAAUUGUGUUUUGUUUCUUAGAACUGCUAAAAUCAACACAGAAGGAUGGUUGAUCCAGUUAAAAGGCAGCAUCAUGCACGUGUACCCAUGUGACAGGCUUAUCUCGCCCUGGUAGUUCCUACCACAGACCUUGGCAUUGCUGACAUGAUGAACUGUUUGCAAGACCAGCUCCAUAAACUAAUUUAAUGGUUUGGAUGGUGAUAUUACCAGUAGACAUGAUUUAAUCACUUGGUUCUCACUCAGUGACAUUGGCAGCCUGUGCUGGUUCAUUAUGGUUUCCCGCAGUAUCUAGAAGGAAUUCUUUAAAGCUUUAAAUGUCAUCAGAUAGGCAGCAUUUCUCCUAAGGGCUGUCUUUAUACCUUACUGUGAUGGCUUGUUGACUGUUACAAGCAGUUAUGUCUAAGUGAUCAACAGUAAUCAGUUUCUGUUCCUAUUGGAAGUAGAAGAUCACUUCUGCAAGCAAGGAGUUCAUCAUGUUGGAUGUAGAGAUUUACUCUGAGACUUACACAAUUAUGCCCUGUCCUGCUCUGAAAUGUCCAGAUCAGUUAUUUGCAAUACAACUAUAAAGUACAAAUUACUAUUUUAUAACUGCACUGAGGUUUGAGUGUGCAAAAUACACAUCUUGCUAAGAGAUUAUUAAACCUAUUGACAAGUUCAUCUUUUGAGAUUUUUCUUGGCUAAUAAUAAACACUUCCAUAAUUUUUGAAAUUCAUUUAUGUACUCCUGAUUAUGGUCACAUAAUACAGGUUUCAAAGCGAUUUGUAUGUGAUAGAAUUCUACAAUAUUCUGUGCCACUGAACAUAACAAAUUAGACAAUAUUACUUUUUAAUUCUGUGUUGAUAAGAAACUGCAAAUUACUUUCCAAGGCAGCAGAGCUGCUUUCAGAGAAGAGAUAUAUAGACCAUCAUUACCAGCAAAGCCCAUGUGGUUCCUGUUGCGCUUCUUGUAGAAGAUAAUCAAAUUAUUGAAAACCAGGGGCAGCAGAAAAAAGAUUAUGAGAUUCAUGAUUUUAAAAAUGAAUCAAAUUCUUUUAUGUCAAAAGGAGUUGAUAGUAUAACCUAUUGAAAUGCUAAUGAACAUAGCAUUGUAAUUCAGAAGUCUGACAUUAUCUAAUUAAAAAUAUUUUCAAAACAAAUUCCUAAACAUUAUGAUUAUUAAAUUCAUCUUUGAUCCACAAAGCUUUCUUUAAAAUAUCAUUUGUAUUCAGCACAUUAAACAUUUUAGACAGUAUUGGGAAUUUUAAUAAUCUCCCAGUAUAGUAUAUACUUUUUGAAAAUUUUUUUAAUGUUUGGUUUGGUUACAGUAUCUCUCUUACAUUUAAUACCAAUUAUUAGAAUGCUUUGACACUGUCUGAUCCAGAAUAAAAACUAUUGAUCACUUAUACUGUAAAUAACAACCUAAUGAGCUUUUGAUUACAAAAGAAACUGCUGGUUAUCUGAGUCAAUGAGAGUUACCUUUGGAAAUAAAAUGCAGAUGUAGUAGAGGAAAAAAUUGUAGUUUUUACAGGUAGCCAAAAAAGCUCAACAGAGUACUUAAGCUUUUUGUCCUGUAAAUUAAAAGUAUACUGAAGUGCUAAUUUAAAAAAUUUAAUUGCUUAUUAAACAGGCAGAAAGGAAAAGAAAAGCCCUUUACAGUCAUCACCAUGCAAACAAUGGAGGAUUUUUCAAAGUUGGAUGUGGUGUGGAUGAUGUCAGUUUAGCAUGGUGACCUUGUCAAUGCAGUCGUUUGCUGCAGUACUGAAUUACAUAAAUUGUUUAAUUUUUUUCCUCUUUCAGUCACUAAAAUAUCAUGUGUUGAGUGCUUAAUUAACAAGCUUAGGCUGGGCUUUAUAUAUCCUUUGAAAGAUUCAUUUUAUCCAUAUAACAAUAGUAUAGAGGCUGUCCAAAUCAAGAUGUACAUAGAGAUGAUCUACUGUUCCAGUUGUAAAUCUAACCAGUUCAGUUGUAUGUAAAUUAAAUCAUGGGCUACCAUAAACAUAUCCAAAUCAUCUUGUACUGGAACAGCCAUUGUCAUUAGUAUUAUUGAUAGCAUGUUUAUGCUUCUUUUUAAAAGUAGUGCACACAAAGGUAAAAUUCAGACUGAACUGAAAUAUAUGGCUGAGGUUUUGCAGUCUUGAUUCCACAAGCUAUUCCAGUGAAAGAGGCACUGAAGGUGAACCUUUCAGAUAUUGGCAAAAAUAACAGCAGCUGAGGGUUUCCCUUGCCCCAGUGUGGGUGGUGACACCACCCACGGGCAGCAGCCCCAAGGAGUGACCAUGCAGGGAUUUGGUCAGAGGUGAGGGGUGCAUCUCUUGCAUCAUUGACCUGGCUCCCUGAGAUCCCAGCUCCCUCAAGAGGAUGGGAAUGAGGUAGGAAGAAUUAGGAGGAAGUGGAAUUCUUAAUAAUUUCAAAGAAUGACAGACUUUGUCUGGAGACCUAUUCCCAGGCUUUUUUCUUUUUUUUUUUUCCCCAAGGAAAUUAUGUCCCUCCAAGACCCAGCAUUUUUAAUAUGAGUGUUCACAAUUUCUUGCAGUUUGAAUCAGCAGACCGAAAACAUGAAAGUAUCUACUUUUGUUAAGCUUGUGCAAUUAGGCUGGAGAUGAAGAAAACAGAGCAGGAAUCACCUUGAAAUCUCAAUUUAAUUAAAAUUUGCAAUUGUUGGCUAAUCACUAUGAUAUUUCCAUGGAGUAAAGAUGGUGAGAAACCAGUGAAGGAGAAGAGCAAAACUCAGAACAGCUCCCUGAAGGGACAUAAAUCUUAUGUGUGUCAUGUGACAGGAGUAUCUCUGACAAGCAGUUAUUCAUACAACAAUUACAACUUUCUUUCGUAAAAUGUAAUUCUUUGUCUUCAAUACCAAGGUGGAUCUACCUCACUGAAAAAUAUAUGUUCACUGACAUUCUUUCUUUCUGCUUUAAACUGUUCUGCAUUAAAAGUGUUGUGGGCUAGAGGCCUCCAGGGUUGUUUUAUGCCCAUGAGGUUAGUCAGACUGUACCUGAUGUCCCUGACAUCAAAUAGAAAUAUGUUUGGUUCUGAUGAACUUGGCAGAGAAAUUAAUCCAGUGACUUGUUAAAUAUUUCUCAUCUUUAAAUAUUUGGUUUUUCUUAGCAGCCAGUUCUUCCUGUGACAUUUCAAUUAUUGGCUAUUUCAGCUUCUCUUUAACUUUGGAAGAUCAUUCUGUCCAACUCUACAGUAUUUAACUUUAUAGAUUUGCUUCAGUGCUAGUUUUCUGGUUUUCUUUUUUAAUUACAGCCUUCACUUUUGAGGAAAAAAAGAUGUGAUCAGGAAUAUGUCUCCACUGAACUAAGAACACCUGUAAUGGGGAGGAAAUUUAAAGUUCCCAUUUUAUCUCUUUAGCACCGGUUUGACUUGAAUAAGCUAAAACAUUGUGUUGUUAUUCCCCAGAUGGAAUUUAAAAUCUAGUUUGGUACUGAAUAGGGUUGAAAACUUUCAAACUCUUUACAAGCUAUUAGAAAUAUUUAAAUACUUCUAAUGUAUUUUUCACUUGGAAUUUCAGUCAAAUAGAUAAAGUCUCACUAAGUAGUGAAUUCUUACAAGAGUAAGAAUUCUCUUUGGGAAAUUUUGAUGGCCCUGUUCUUAAGGUAAAAUCAGGGAGGAUGGUGAAUUCCCAUUUUUAACUCCAUAUUAUCUUGACUUUUAUACACCCUUGCUUCAAGUUCUCCUCUUAUGUUUGCCUCCAGGCAAUGUUUAUACUUAAUAGAUGCAUAUUAGAUGUGGACACCUCAACAGUCAGAAGCCAACUCCUGCAACUCCUACAAGGUGUUCCAUCUCUUUUUAUCAUUCAUAAAAGUGUGAGCAACAAAUUCAAGAUGUGGCCUAAAAAUUACCUGAAUCUUAAAGGAGUCAACAAAUCUCUCAGUACCAUUUCUUACCAGUAUUAGACUGUGAUAUUCUAAAUUGGUACUGUCUAGACUGCUCACAAGAGUCCUCUGAGCACAUUUAACCAGAGUUAAAGCAGUUUCUGCUGUUUUAUCUUAUUCAGGUGCCAAUAGCUGUUGCCAUACAUACAAUUAGAGCUGAUUGUUGCCGAGGUUAAAAGACCCAAACCUUAGCUCCUUUUCACCUUCUUGUAGUGAUUCCAGCACUAUAAUUCCUUGGCACUGCUUUUUAAUCUGUCAGAAGGAGAAUUUCCUAGAAUCCAGAAGAAAAUGAGUCCUAGAUUUAAGGCCAAUUUUCUUCAAAUUUCUCCCUCCAAAAUACCAAAAUAUUUGACUUCUGACAGACUUCUGUCCUCCAAAGCCUUUAUGUCUGCUCCCUCACUCAGGCUUGUCCAGCUGGGGGGAAGCUUAUCCCACUCUAACAAACCUGUCAGAGCUACAUGCUGACAAAUAAGUCAUGCCAGGCUCUCUAGCUGCAGCUCUUCAGCUGAGUAAGGAGUUGAUUUUGGCCACUGCACUCGUCCUUAGGUCAAAGCUUAAGUGCUACAAAAGCUAAACCCCACAGAUGUAUUGAGCCACAGGGAGGUGUAAAGUCCUUCAAGCACAGAAGCCAGCAAAUCUACUGAAACUCUGGGGUAAUUUUCAAAACAAGAUUAACACAUCAUGGUCCUCUCAUGGUAAUGUUUAUGGAAUAGGAUAUAUGACAGAAGGAAGGUGGAGAAACAGGAGAAAGCCUGAAGAUGCAAAAAUUACUGUUUAGGGAACCACCAUUUAUUUUAGCAGGAGAUACUGCAGAAGGCACACUGCUGAGAGAGAGAAAUGUGUGUCCCACUGAGGAUAAAACAGAGAAAUCAUGGGUUUUUUCUUUGACUUUGUGGAUUAGCCCAUGGAAACUGUUCCCCCAUUUGAGAAGUGAAGCAAUUCUUUUGGGAAUAUGCUGACCUAAAUGCUGGGAGCACAGGGUCUCCCUCACAUCCCCAGACCUGGUUAUUAGCAGUGACAUCCUCUGCAUGUUUUGGGGUGAGACAAAGGCUUUAACCUUUAAGUGAAAGUUGAGACAGAAGGAAUGUCUGUAAGGGUUAUUAGAGGUGGAACAAAGCCUCACAGGGGACUAUAUCUGGCAGCUGGGGGUGCACAACCCAGACUGAGCUGAGUCACACAUUGCUUAAAAUAAAAACUAAGUGCAGGUAAAAAUUGAAAGAAAAAUAUGGUCUUGAUUUUUAUAUUACCACUUCUCUGGGAAGUGAUGCCUAAAAUCAACCUCUUACCUCUUCCCAGUACCCUACAUUGUUUCUGAAUAAGAACAAGAAAUAAAUCCAGAAUGCAGGCAGUGGGAGAAAUUGCUUCAAAGCACUCCAACAUGUGGGAAAUCUAACUGGUGGCAGUUAUUAAUCUCCACAUUCUCCCCUCCCCCAAAAUUAUUGCUACUGAGUUUGCUCUGACAGGGUUUGUGUGAUGUUUUGGGUAGCAUUACCUAGUACUGAAAUGAUUAGCUGUGAUUAGUACUGCUCAGGCUGGGAAGGUAUAUGUGUCUUUCACCUGAGGGUAUGUUGAAUUUUGCACUUUUUGUGUAAACUACAAGUUGACAAGAGCUGCAGCAAAAAGGAAAUAGCAGGGGAAGGCUCACAUAAAAGUAAUUUUUCUUACAUCGUGAUGAUAAAGCGAUUAAUUGAGGGUAAGCAGGUAUGGUGAAGAUAAAGGUAACAGGUAGCAUUUGGACCCAGGAAGACUGACGUUCACUGUGAUCUGAGGAUAUCCAAUGUUAGUAUUUUCCUGCACUUUCUUUCACCUUUUUUUUUUCUCUUUGUCUUUUUCCAAAACUGUCUAGAACAUGCUUCCAUUUUCUGGAGGAAAUUCUUACACAAACAGUUACCUUCUUGUGUAAAUUCUAUGUUGUCUUAUGGAUUUCUGUACAUCUCACUGCAGGUUAUUACGUGUCAGGUCUUCAGUCAUAAUGGCUGGUAAUUUGUUGUAAAAAAAAAACCAAAACCACUGUUCACUUGUUCCUGUUGACUUACUUAGACAUUGCUCUGAGGACGUUGCUCUUUGGACUGUCCACACUUUGGAAGUCAAUCCAUGAUGUUUGGCGUUUUCUGUUAGCAUAAUCCUCCAGCAUUAGUAUUGUACAUAUCCAGAAAACAAUCCCUCUCAAUAAACAUUAUUCUCUUUUUUAUUAAAAAGCAUGUUUUUGUGAGAACAA